AUGAAGUCUGAAUAUAGCGAGCAUGAUCCAUUGGCCACUGACUUUCACAGCGACGUGACAACGAAGGUUGUGGAGUCUGGUGGACCUGGACAACGCUCGUCUGAAAUCGGCAAAAAGGAUGGCGAAAAACCUGAGCAAGGUGCUCGUGGGAAGAUUCUGCUGGAACGUUACCAAGCCCUUCGGGACCGGGUGGUCUCCCGUCUACUCCAUGACUUUGGUCCUGACACUGAAAUUGGCAAAGAGGUGAAAUUUCGCCGAAAUUUUUAUGUUCUUCAUAUUGGUACUCCUUUUGCCGUUCAUUUUCCCAAUCAAAUUCCUGACAUAUUUUUAGCUGGUGUCAAACUCCCAGCAUAUGUUUUGAGGUGA